UCUAUUUGUUAGUAUGCUCUGCAAGUUUAAUUUAGAUUAUCAAGAAGAUUAUCUUGCAGCAUAAAUAAACAGAAACCAGUCUUCGUGUUGGUGAAUGCGAGUAUUUCCAGGACACAACAUCUUCGUGCAUGUGGUCCCCAGACAGUAUGAAGGGUUAAAGCUUUGUGCACUGCUUCUCUGUGAAACAAUUACAUCACAUCCUUGUCAUUCUUGUUAUGAUUUGCACUUUUUGUUUAAUACAGAGCUAUGAUUCAAGUUUUCCAGGACGGCAUGAAUCUUGCAUAAUAUUACGAGGGCUGGACAAAUGGAACAAGGAAGUGUUCGCAACGAUGCUGGUUUUACUUUGGCUCUUUGCAGCAUGAAUAGUCUUGUUUAGGUAUUAAAUAUACUGUAGCAACACUGCUCACUGACGAGCGCAUAAGGUAAGUAAGUAGUAAGCUUACCAUUAAUAGCUUUUGCCUUCUGUGUAUGGGGGAACACAGCUUUUCAGUGCUGCAGAACAAACAGCCUUUUUUUACUUUGUGAUAACCUGGGAGGCUUUUGGCUCAACUGAAUGACAUCCACUGAUGAAACGUGGAACUUUUUCAGAAUAGAAGUGCUGGGACUGUAUUUUUUCUUAAUGUUUCCCUGUAAGCAGAGUGAAGUGAGCUAUGGUGACUAUUACGACACAGGAUGACCGUAAUCUGCGCUGUGCACGCAGAGCUCUUCACACCUUUCCUGUCAGAGGCUUCACAUGUUACAAAUACACUUACACCAUUAGAGCGGAUUUGAAGAUGUUUUUGUCUUUGGCUUCCAUCGUCUCUCUUUUGUCAGUCAUAAUUCCACCUGCCAAGAGCGGGACGGUUCUGGUUUUUCCGCAUGACGGCAGCCACUGGGUGAACAUGAGGAUACUUGUCGAGGAGCUGCAUCGGCGAGGUCACUCCGUGACGGUCGUUCGUGCCUCAGACAGCUGGUACAUCAGUGAAAUCUCUCCAUACUACAAUGCCAUCACGGUGGAUGUUGUUGCUGGCGGAAAUGAGGAUUUUUAUCGCGCCUUUGUCUCUGAGGUUAUCAGAAUUAAACGAAGUAAGGGCUCUAUAUUGGCCCGUUUUGCUCUAGACAUGGAGCUAAAAAAUACGUUUUUUGAAUUACACAAAAAUAUAUGUGAAUUGAUCAUGCACAUGUUUGAAAAUAAAGAACUAAUGAAGUCCCUCCAAGAAGCUAAAUAUGACAUUGUUUUGACAGACCCUGUUAACGGGGGAGGUGUAUUCCUGGCUCACUACCUUGGCUUGCCUUUAGUAUUCAACGCUCGCUGGACUGUUCAUGGAGAAGCCCAUUUUGCUAUUGCACCCUCCCCUCUCUCCUAUGUUCCACUCCCACCUUCAGAACUAACUGAUAAAAUGACUUUUUUUGAGAGGGUCGAAAACAUGAUCUUUUACACAUUAAGGAUGAGUUUGUACAAGCAGGUAGUCGGACCACAUUACUCUGCUUUGUCCAAGCGCUACUUUGGCCCCGAUGUGGAUUAUUUUUCCCUGUUUCAAGCAGCAGAUCUUUGGCUCAUGAGAGUGGAUUUUGUGUUUGAGUUCCCUCGUCCCACCAUGCCAAAUGUAAUUUAUAUGGCAGGGUUCCAGUGCAAACCUGCCGAACCACUGCCUCAACACUUGGAGCUAUUUGUGCAGAGUUCUGGCCAGCAUGGAGUCAUCGUCACGUCUCUGGGGACUUUAAUUGCAGAGCUUCCCGUUGACCUAGCCGAUGAAAUUGCUGCUGCUUUUGCAAAAUUACCACAAAAGGUCAUUUGGAGAUACAAGGGGGAGAAGCCUGCUUCUCUGGGCAACAAUACAUUACUGGUGGACUGGAUGCCACAGAAUGACCUUCUGGGGCAUCCAAGUAUCAAACUAUUCGUGAGCCACGGGGGGACAAAUGGCAUUUAUGAGGCUAUCUAUCACAGUGUUCCAAUUGUAGGGAUUCCAUUUGUGUUCGAUCAAGCCGAUAAUCUCAAUAGACUGAGAGCUAAGGGUGCAGCAAGGGUUAUGGAUGUUUCUGAUUUGGAUAGGGAAACAUUUCAGGAGGCCAUGCAGGAAGUCCUGAACGAUCCCUCCUACAGGAUGAACAUGCAGAGACUCUCCAGCCUGCACAGAGAUCAGCCAAUGAAGCCGUUGGACACCGCCCUCUUCUGGAUAGAGUUCGUCAUGAGACACAAAGGUGCUGCUCACCUGAGAACCGAGUCCUACAGACUGCCCUGGUACUCCUACUACUCUGUAGAUGUGAUCAUCUUUUUAGUGGGAGUUGUGCUGCUGGUUUUGUGUACAUUUGCUGGCUUACUUAAAUGCCUCUGCUCAAUGUGUCUGAGAAAAAAGAGGAAAUGUGAUUAAACGAAAACAAAUUCAUCAUCAAACUGAAAUGUACACUGCAAAGCAGAAAUGUGCUUGAUGCCCAUCCAUUUUCUUUACCCAAUUAUUUCAAUGCGGGGUCACGGGGAAUUUGUUUAAAUUAUAAUUUUCUAUA